CAGCCUGGAUAUACUGGAAAUGGACAAAAUUGCACAGGUAAAUUCGGAAAAGCAAGGAAAUGCGAUCAUGGAUGAUUUAUUUUAGUUCGUUCUUUCUUUUUUUGUAUAUAUAACGUGUUUUGUGCUCCCGUAGCAAAACAAGAGCAGUUUAAAACGUAUGUUUUAGAUAACACAGUAAAGGCUUAUGCCACGGCAAUAUUUGCAUAAUUCUGAAAUCCCAUUUUUACAUCUGUGGUUUCAUAGACAUUGACGAGUGUAAAGGAAACCACUCUUGUCAUGAGAAUGCAAACUGCACCAACACCAAUGGAUCACACGUAUGCGAUUGUCAGCCUGGAUAUACUGGAAAUGGACAAAAUUGCACAGGUAAAUUAGGAAUAGCAAGGAAAUGCGGCCAUGGAUGAUUUAUUAUAGUUCUUUCUUUCUUUUUUUGUAUAUAUAACGUGUUUUGUGCUCCCGUUGCAAAACAAGAGCAAUUUAUAGCGUAUGCUUUAGAUAGUCUUUGCCGUAGCAGAGAAAAAAAUUGAAAAAUACCGGUUUGAAUUGUAGGUCCAACCCAAGAAUCGCAUGAAACAAAAAAAUUGCAAACGAGUAUUCCACUUUUUUUCACAUACAUGUACAUGUAUGACUUUUGAAUAAAACACAAAUCCCGUUUUUCAUUCUUUUCUCUUUUUUUUUUUUUUUUUGACAGAUAUUGACGAAUGCAAAACAUAUCCCUACAAAUGUCACGUAAAUGCUCUUUGUAACAACAUGCACGGAUCACACGUUUGCACAUGCAAACCUGGAUAUACUGGAGAUGGACGCAACUGUACAGGUACAGUCAAUAAUCUCAGGAGUCUUCAAGUGUUCUUUAGUUGCUGAAAGUGGCGUGAAUUUCUCUCAUUGUAUAAGGUGCUGAAUCUUAGAAUCUAAGAAAAAUUUCUUACUAUAUUUCAUUGAGCGUGUGUAAAGUAUUCCUCGUUUGCUCGUUUGUAUAUUUUCCUUCUGUUUUGUUUUGGUUUGUCUGCUUGUUUGUUUUUUUUGUUUGUAUGUUUUUUUUGUAUUUAAUUUUGUAUUUAAUUUUGUUUUUUUGUUUUAUUUGUUUCAUUUUUUUUAUUUACCGUGAAUGUUCGACGCCUUUCCAUUGCAAAAUAAGAGCAGUUCAUUUGUAUGUCGAAUGCUUAAUAUAGUAAAGUUAAGGUGAGCUCAGAAAUAAUAGCUUACUUGAAAGGUACGACAAGAGACCACUAAAAGCAGGAAGCUACAAAUAAAUUGAGGUUUUUGUGAAUUGCUAAGUUCCUAUGGCUCUUUGAUAGAAACCAAAAUGCUUAUGUCUUUAGUUAAAAUUAUUAUUUUGUCUUUUUUCCUUUUUUUUUUUUUCUGACAAAUAUUGACGAAUACAAAACAUACCCCGGUAAAUGUCAAGUAAAUGCUACUUGUAACAACACACACCAGAUGCAAACCUGGAUAUACUGGAGAUGGACGCACCUUUUUUGCUGUUUUUGUUGUUGUUUUCUGUUUUAAUACCGUGGAAAGCCAAAAUUUAAUUUUUAUAACGUAGGGGGAGGAGUUAACCCUAAAACUCUUGUAGUGCUAGUUUACUUGUUUUCUCGUUUGAAGAAAUCUUGAUCUCUUGUUUUCGCAAUCCAGUAAAGGGUUCACAACAGCCACGGCUUGCAUCUUUAACAAGGUAAUUUGUGAUGCACAGCAAAUGCUACAUAAUUGUGAGAUCCUUUUCCUAUCUGUGAUUACUUAGAUGUUGACGAGUGUAAAGGAAACCACUUUUGUCACAAGAAUGCGAAAUGUACGAACACCAUUGGAUCACAUGUAUGUGAAUGUCAGCCUGGCUAUACUGGAAAUAGACAAAAUUGCACAGGUGAAUUUCAUAGAUUUUAUUUAACUAAUAGGGAAGCCUUGACUGUGCUCUGUUUAAUUAUUUUAGGUCGUGCAUGGGAGAUUUCUUUUAGUUCGUUGUCAUUGUUUAUGCACUACGAUGUAUACAUGGCUGAUCGAUUGCUAAUCGCUUCAUAUUCUAGUUUACGCCCGAUUUUUGAUGCAUAAGAUUUUGCUCUUCAUGUAAGAAACGUUGGUGUUAUCAAAAUUUCGAGUAUUACAUUUUGUGAUAUUUAGUUUGUUCAUUCUUGUAAAGACUAUGAUUCACUCAAUCUUGGUCGUAACGUAAUAAAGUAUGCUUGUUUUCUUUCAGACAUUGACGAAUGUAAGGAGGGUCAUAAUAUUAAAAUGAAUGAAUGUUAUCAUAAUGCCUAUUGCAUUGAUACUCAGAGCUCAUGCCACUACUCAGUUUAAUUCCACAAACACUGAGAAUGGUUUGAAUGCGAUCGUGUGUUUGUUAUGUCACAAAAUUUUUAACGCGCCAAUGCAGUAUUGGAUAAAACCUAACCUUUUGCUUUUUCUGGUGGCCAUUGUCGUCCAACUGAAAUUCAGAUCCUGCUGAAUUAAUUUGGAUUUCCAUUAUGACUGAUAUACUGACCUACAAACGGGCUACUUGAUCUUUCACUAUAGAUGCAUAGUCAUUGUUCAUGUACACGACAGGUUUCGCUACUGAUUGGCAAGCUGUCAGAAUUAUAGGACUUCACAAAAGAUCUUAAACCACUGGUCCUUAUGACCAAACUCCUGUUGCAAUUAUUAUUUUACUUAUUAAUUUUACUUAGCCGAUCUUUGCUAUCAUUAUAAAAACCUGAGUACAGCCGAUCGAAAUAGAAUAAAUUAAACACCGCUAUCUGGACCGCUGUUGUAUGACAAUUCACUCGAACUGAUUGACUUAAAAAAAAUGUCAACAACAAAAAAAUUAUCCUUGAUACUACAAACUUUUUUUUUUAAUUUAUAGCCGACCCAUGUUAUAAUUAUCAAAACCUGAGUGAUGCCAAUAGAAAGGAGAGUUACGCUACACCGAAAUAUGGACAAUCGUUAUGUGACAACUUACUCCCUGAGGGAUGGCAUCGUUUUGUGGGAGCUGCAGGAACAAAAAUGCCAGUAAGACGUGUGCCAGCAUUCAGUUGUGGUACAGACUGGUCAGGCUGGUUGGAUGGUGCUCAGCCUAAAGUGGAAGAUGGUGAAGUUCGUAGGAAGGUCUGUUUUAGUGAUCGCUCUACUGGUUGCAAACACUCAACAUAUAUUUUUGUAAAAAACUGUGGACCCUACUUCAUCUACAAACUUUACCCUUUCACGGUUUGUCCCUCACGCUACUGUGUUACAGACUGA